AGUUUAUGUUUAAAAGUCUCAUUAUCUCUGUCAUCUCCUCUUAGAUCAGUAUUAGAUUUAUUUCAUGUGAAUUCAUUUCUAUUCUAAUUGUUUUGGACACAUUUUUCAAAAGAUUUUUGAGGCCUUUUUUCCCCCCCUUUAUUAGACAAGAAAACCGAGAAAACCGAGGAGAGAUAAGAAAGGCGGGGACAGUCUAUGGUGGGGAGUGGCAUCCUGAAACAUACCGGGACAUUUGGACACAUUUGAACUUUUUUCAAAUGUGGACGUGAUUGACGUCCCCUCGUCUCGUGACAUGUGCCUCGUUCUGGUCCACCUGAAGACAUCAAGAGAACAUGUCAUAUUUUUGAGAAAUACUCCAAACCCUUUCAUCAAGAAAAUACAAACCCUGUUACCAAAGUAAACCCUCAGUUAAAGCAGCAGAGACUCCUGGCUCGGCAGUGGGGGUGCCACUCUGCAGGGGCCCGGCCACCAAUGGCCUCGUAGUGGGGUGGGGCACCAGUUGUGGAGCCUGGUGACCUGAAAGAAAUCAGACAGGAGUGGUUCUUCUUGACUGGUCCAGCCAAAACACGAUCCAGUGAGACAACGCGCACAACUUUAGCUCCUGAAGAUGGAUCUUGAUGCACAGAUUGACCAUGCUGUGGGAGAGAUGGAUUGGGAAGAGGUGAUUUCCACUUUGCAUUCAGCCACUGAGGUUCUGUUUGGAGACAUAACCAACCCUUCACCUGCAUCUCCAUCUGCACCUGCUCCUCCUCCUCCUCCUCCUUCCACCCUUCCAUGGCCGAGUUUUAACUUCCACCCUCAGCUGUCAGAGUGUCAAAGCAAGAGAUAUGGUCAGUGCUUCCAUUCCCUGCACCCCUGUGAGGGAGCAAACACACUGAUGGCUGUUCCAGGACUGAACUGGAGUAGACAAGCUAAUCCGAUUGUCUACCGCAAUCCAAACUUCAUGCAGUCAUGUCCCUGCCACAGUCCGCCAGACGAACAACACCUGCCGUACAUUCAGUCUGCUGGGAACUAUGACCCAAAAGAACAAGCAGGCUGUUACCCAUCUCCUCUGUCACACCCAUAUAUCAGUGUGCCAGUGUGGAGCCCCCCUAGAGUUAUGAACCAAAAGCUGCCUUCUGCUAGAUACCGGAGACGGGGAGAGAAGCAGGACGAUGGUAAGCCUUACAUAAAGAAGCCUCUGAACGCCUUCAUGCUGUUCUUGAAGGAGAUGAGGACUAAAAUAGUGGCAGAGCAUGACUUCAAAAAUUGUAGCGCUUUCAACACAUCAAUGGGAAAGAUGUGGCAGGCUCUGUCAGAGUCGGAGAAGGACAAGUAUUACAAACAGUCCGACAUAGAGAGACAUCUCCACUCACAGCAGCACCCUAGCUGGACCUGCAAUAAGAACUAUGGCGAGAGAAGGAGCAACAAGACCCGGUCCGACUUGAGACGGUUUGCAUCUAAGCCUCAAGAAGUCCCUGCACAAGCCAACAAGCUGUGUGUGACCCCGGUGCAGACAGCAGUGAUGGAGGCCUGCACCUCACACACAGUUGCAGUGAUGGCUCCUCACACUCAGACUUUCCUGAGUGAGCAGCCUCACACACGCACUGCUGUGACUCUGCCUGUGUGAAACAGCUGUCAGCGGAUACAGGUGCCUCAUUCCUAUUGGUUGGAUUCCUCGAAGGAGCUGCCUUCCACCUUCUGAGUCCAACCACAAGGAGUCUGAUGAUGAGGGAGCCCAAGCCCCAUACACUGAUUCAGACAAAUUUUCAAAAUAAGAGCACCAUUUACUCAUCAAAAUUCAGCUCAGUUGGACACAUAUUCAAGUUUUUCUUCACAUUCAUAGUUUUAGAGUUAUUCAAAGAAUUGCAAUUCAUUUUCUUUGCCUAAAUCAAUGGAUCUGUAGAUGCAAAUUUUGACAUAUUCAAACUUUUUAAAGCAUUUUUAUACCUUUCAACGUUGUUUUAACUCCUAUUUAACUUCAGCUUUUCAGCUCGCAACUUGUUCAAAAUACUCAGGAAACUUCAUUCAAACCUGCAAAUGAGUACUUUGCAUUUUUUCAGAUUCAACUUUUUGACGUCAUUCAUUCUUUUUUUUGUUUAGAUACAUUUGAAAAUGUUCUACAUAAUACAAUUUAACAGUUGAAUGUUUUUUGUUAUUAAAAAUACCAAAAAACAAAAAACAUUCACUUUGGCUUCCCAGCUGGUAAAGAAAGUAUACAGUUUGACUUCAAGCCAUUAAUAAAAUGAUAAAAUGAUAUAAGAUUAAACCCCAUAAUUAAGUUCAACUUCCACAAUGUUUAAAAAGUAAAUAUCUUACAUACGCAUUGGCUUUUACAGAAUGCUGCACAGUGUUAGUUUAAACCUUGUGGAUCUUUUUGGUGGAUGGGGGUCCUGAUUAUAGUUUUCAUAACUUGUUUUCUGAGUUUAGUUUGUCCCUGGUACUUCAUGAACGUUAGCUGCCUUUUGUAUGGCAGGUUGAGGCGUUUCUAUUUUGUGUUCUUUUGACCAGGCCUCCAGACUCUGUUAAAUUUUGUAAACUUGAGAAAAUUCAGUUCAAUAAAUUAAUUAAAUUCAUUGUUUUAAAAAAUGUU